CAGUCGCAACUUGCAAGUUCGAUAAAUAAAUGCAAUUGACUUGCUUUUCGAUACUUUCAGCCACCAAUUACUUUAUGCGUGGCGCGCCGUACAAGUGAAAGAAGCAAACAUUUAUACUUAUUGUCUCAUUUAAAACUCGGAUUGCAACAUCGAGGCUCGAUAUCCACCAUGUCUAACAAGCCUGUCUUCCUAGCCACGCACCCACGGGCAUGCUCUACCGCCUUCGAAAGGGUGUUUAUGACCCGUCGGGACGUCCUAACAUGCGCCCAUGAGCCAUUUGGUGAUAGCUAUUACUACGGUCCUGAGAGACUUGGCGAGCGCUAUGCCAAUGAUGAGGCCGCUAGGGAGAGUAGUGGCUUUUCUAAGACCACCUAUCGUGAUGUCUUAGACCGGCUGGAAAAAGACGGCAGCGAGGGCAAGCGUGUCUUCAUCAAAGACAUGGCUUAUUACUUGAUGCCUCCAAACUCGCAGCCUGCGGUAAUCCCCAAGUCCCUACGCAAGGGUGAUAGUUACUCAGAAAAGGGGAACCCAACAGUGUUACCCCUCGACAUCCUGAAGAACUUUCACUGGACAUUCCUUAUCCGUCAUCCGCGACGAGCAAUUCCUUCAUAUUUCCGAUGCUGUGUGCCUCCGCUAGACGAGGUUACCGGUUUCAAGGAAUUCCUCCCUAGUGAGGCAGGUUACGUGGAGCUCCGCCGGCUGUUUGACUAUUUGCGAGAGCAGAACAUAAUUGGCCCGACGCUAGCUGGAGAAUCAAACGGGAAUAAGGCCGAUGGUGGAGUUACCAUCACUGUUAUCGAUGCCGAUGAUCUUCUUGACCAUCCGAAUCCCGUCGUUAAGGCAUUCUGCAAGGAGACCGGGAUCGAAUUCACACCGGAGAUGCUUACUUGGGAGGACGCUGAAAACCAGGACUACGUCUCGGAAGCUUUUGCCAAGUGGAACGGUUUCCACAACGAUGCUAUCCACAGCAAGAGUCUCACAGCCAGGACUCAAGCCCACAAAACUGUCACCGAGGAAUCUGAGAAUGAGGAAUGGCGACAGAAAUAUGGCAAAGAGGCCCAGGAGCAAAUCAGAACCUGUGUGGAUGAGAAUAUUCCACACUACGAUUAUCUCAAGACCUUCGCUAUGAAGUUUUAGAUUGCCGGCAAGUCUAUACACAUAGGUACCUACCUAGAUAGUACACUUGAAUACAGUAUUUCUAGAUUUUGUAAAGUGUAUC